AGAGUGAUCCAGUCUUGCGUCGGAAUCCGGACUGAGCAGCAGCCAACGAAACUGCGCAUCGCGCACCGGGCCCACGUGAUUUCCAGUACGAUUUCUACCCGUCGUGAUAUAUCGUGAUCGAGCUAGCUCUCUGCAGUCGCUCUCUUACAGGGUUUGUGAUCUGUGGUCAGUGUAAGAGUGUGGUCGACCCACUCACUAAAAGGGUACCCAAAAGUGGUUGUCUCCAAGACAGGAGAGAAGGGGUUAUUUUCGGUUACGUAACAGACGUCUCGAACGAAAGGGAAAACGGAUCUAGAACGACGAACCGCUGCCAACUGGGUGUCCUCCAAGUUUCCUUUGGAGCUCUAGAAGCAACGAUUUCUCCCUGCUGCCGGACUAGACCUUAAAGAUGAAUCGAUUCGGAGCAAUUUGCUUUGCAGUGCUGCUAGGUUUCGUAGCCUUCCUCUGCCAAAUAACAGAAGCGACGUUGCAACCGAAGGCUCCAAAUUUCCAGUAUUUCGAAAGACCCAAAUACCGAUACCCAUACUACGACGAAAAUGGACGAGGAAAGUUGCUGUACGGUUAUGGGGGACCUGAAUUGUACCAGUACAAGAGCUACUCGCCGUUGGAUGGAAUUCACUAAAUAAUUCGAAAACAAAUAUAACUUAAGCCUAGAUUAACAUAAAAAACUCCCAUUGUAAAUAAAAACGCAUUAGAUCUAACGAAGCUAGUUUAGAAAAUAAAAUCCGAUGAUCGCCCCGAGCGAUCAUCAACGGCCGGAGAGCAGCAAUUUCAAAAGACUACCAGUAGAAACAUUAGAUUUUUUUUUUUCUUGUUUUCGCAACCAGUCAGAGUAACUAAACCUAGUGUGUGGAAUGGAAAUGAUAUUUAAUAAAUCCUUAGCAUUUUUUUU